CUAAAGUCUAAACAAAUACCCGGUUAAGGUAAAUCCGAACAGAGUAAACUGCCUAUCUGGCAUCAACCUCGCACGUUUCUGGGACUCUUGUUUGCUAAGCAGCACAAAGGAAGAGCACUCAAGGAAACAAUAUCGAAAUCUCUCUCUCUCCUUUUUUUUGCACUUUCGGAGAAACAAUACAGAAAGCAGUAACACACAAAUACAACUACAGGUUAACGCGGUCAAAUCGCCAAGAUUAGCAGGAUGGAUUUUGUAUCUGGCUACAAGGGAGUUGUUGGGCGUGUAUUUGGAAAUGAUAAUGGUACUUCAAAUGAAGACAGUUACGUUGAGAGGUUGCUUGAUCGGAUAAAUAAUGGUACAAAGGCUGAGGAUAGAAGGAUGGCAAUGGUUGAGCUUCAAUCUGUUGUUGCAGAAAAUCAUGCUGCCCAAUUAGCUUUUGGAGCAAUGGGCUUUCCAGUAUUACUAAGUGUGCUGAAGGAUGAGCGAGAUGAUGUCGAAAUGGUUCGAGGUGCUUUAGAAACUCUUGUUAGUUCUUUAACUCCUCUCAAUCAUACAACAACGGCAAAGAUUGAAGUAGAUCCAUCUAAAAUGAAUGCUGAUUUACUAUCAAGAGAAGUAGACAACAUAGCUCUCCUUCUCGGCUUGCUGGCAGAGGAUGACUUCUAUGUACGAUAUUAUACGCUCCAAGUUUUGACUGCCCUUCUCACAAAUUCACUGAGCAGGUUACAAGAGUCAAUUUUGACUAUUCCUCGUGGUAUAACUCGACUGAUGGAUAUGCUGAUGGACCGUGAGGUUAUACGCAAUGAGGCCUUGCUGCUUCUUACAUACUUGACUCGUGAGGCUGAGGAAAUUCAAAAAAUUGUCGUAUUUGAAGGGGCUUAUGAGAAGAUAUUUACCAUUAUGAAAGAGGAAGGAGGUUCUGAUGGUGGAGUAGUUGUUCAGGAUUGUCUUCAAUUGCUGAAUAAUAUAUUGCGUAACAAUACCUCAAAUCAGACUCUAUUGAGGGAGACGGUGGGAUUUGAUCCUGUUGUAUCACUUUUGAAGCUUCGAGGGGUCUCUUAUAGCUUUACACAGCAAAAGACAAUCAAUCUACUUAGCACGUUGGAGACUGUUAAUAUGCUAAUUGCUAGCAGUCCACAAGCUGAAACUGGAAAAGAUACUAAUAGUAUGACCAACAAAACAGUCCUGGUUCAGAGAAAGGUAUUGGAUUAUCUUCUUAUGCUGGGAGUUGAGAGUCAAUGGGCUCCAGUUGCUGUUCGCUGUGCGGCGCUACAUUGUAUUGGCGAUUUAAUUGCUCGACAUCCUCAGAAUGUUGGUGAGCUUGCUAAUAAAGUGCUUGGAGAAGAGCCACAAGUAGAACCUGCUUUAAAUUCCAUUCUUCGGAUCAUUUUGCGAACUUCCAGCAUGCAAGAAUUUGUUGACGCUGACUAUGUUUUCAAGAACUUUUGUGAGAAAAAUCCUGAAGGUCAGAAAUUGUUAGCAUCCACAUUGACACCCCAACCACAGUCAAUGAUUCAUGUUGCGCUGGAAGAUGAUGUAAACAUGUCAUUUGGAAGUAUGCUGCUCCAUGGUCUGACGAUGAGUGAAAGUGAUGGCGAUCUUGAGAUUAGCGCACGAGCUGCUAGUGUUUUGUCUCAUCUGCUGAAGGACAAUAUGCAGUGCAAAGAGAAGGCUUUAAAAGUUGAGCUGGGGGCAACAGUGCAGUCUAUGGGAACCCCUGAGCCAUUAAUGCACCGCAUGGUGAAAUACUUGGCAGUUGCUUCUUCCAUGGAUAGUAAAGAUGGAAAAUCAAAUGGGAAAGCAAAUCUCUACAUUCAAGAGAUGAUUCUGAAACUUCUGAUCAUAUGGCUUGCUGACUCCCCUACUGCAGUGCAAUGUUUUCUUGAUGCUCGUCCCCACCUUACCUAUCUUCUUGAGUUGCUCUCAAAUCAAUCUGCAACGGUAUGCACUCGGGGGCUGGCAGCUAUUCUUUUGGGAGAGUGUGUUCUUUACAAUAAGUGUAUUGAAAGUGGUAAGGAUGCUCAUGGCAUAGUUGAUGCGAUUAGCCAAAAAGCUGGGCUUACCUCAUUCUUUCUUAAGUUCGACGACAUGCAAAAGAACUUCCUUUUUGCCUCCAAGAAGCUGACGGAACAUCGCAAGCCCUUGACAAGAUCCAGUGGUGCUAGUAUGGCAGAAAUUGAAGAUGAAGAGAAUGAUGCUAGUAUGGCAGAUAAUAGGGAUGAGGAGCAUCCUGUUUUGGCUUCACUCUUUGAUGCUGCCUUUGUCGCCAUGGUUGGUAACUUGGAGGCUAACAUAAGAGACAGAUUUAUAGAUGUUUAUAGUAAUCCAAAAGCAAAGGUGGCAGUUGUUCCUGCGGAAUUAGAACAAAGAGGUGGAGAAAGUGAUGUGGACUAUAUCAAUCGUUUGAAAUCCUUUGUGGAGAAACAGUGCUCUGAGAUCCAGGAUCUCCUUGGCCGCAAUGGGAGCCUAGCUGAAGACCUAGCAAAAUCAGGUGCGAAGUCCGAGCAAAAGACUAGUGGGCCUUCAGAGAGAGUCCAGGUUGAGACAUUCCGCAGAGAACUUCGAGAAGCAUCUCAGCGACUCGAGAUGCUCAAGAGUGAGAAAGCAAAGCUCGAAAAUGAUGCUUCCAUGUACCAGAAUUUGGCAGGUAAGAUGGAAUCUGAAUUGAAGAGCUUAUCCGAUGCUUACUACAGUCUCGAAUUGGCAAAUGCCCAACUCGAGAAAGAGAUCAAAUCUUUGAGAAGUGGGGGUGCGACACCUUACCCUGAUAUCGAGGCAAUCAAAGAGGAAGUAAGAGAGGAAACACAGAAGGAAAGUGAGGGGGAGUUGAAUGAUUUGCUUGUCUGCUUAGGGCAAGAGCAAAGCAAAGUGGAGAGACUUACUGAAAGGCUGUUGGAAUUAGGAGAAGAUGUUGACAAACUGCUUGAGGGUGUCGGAGAUGAUACUGCCAUUCCCGAAGAUGAUGAUGAAGAUGAGGACUGAUUCAUGUUACAUGUAAAAUCUCUUCUUAAUUUAUCCACUGUUACAGGUUUAUUUCCAAGUUAUCACUUUUGUGUUCUUAGUACUAUGUACAUUUUCAAGGUAGUUGUACAGUUCAUUUGUUGGUGGUACACAAGGACGAUUAUAAUCCGUCGCGUGGCGUGAA